ACAGCAGCCAGCCACCUCUCAAGCACAGGCGGCGGCGGACGCCCGACAUCUUCUAUUUUCGGGUCAAAAUCGCGACUUUUACACACUCAUAAUGGUGGGGACGCGUGUAUAUGUCGGAGGCCUGAGCUAUAGGGUCGGUGAAAGAGACCUAGAAAGAUUUUUCCGAGGCUUUGGACGACUCAGAGAUAUCGUUAUCAAAAAUGGCUUUGCAUUUGUGGAAUUUGAUGAUCAUCGAGAUGCAGAUGAUGCUGUCUAUGAGAUGAAUGGCAAGGAUUUAAUGGGAGAAAGGGUGCUGGUAGAGUUUGCACGCGGCACGCGGUCAGCCGGAGGCAACCUGUUCUCCGGCGCGUAUUCUCGCAAGACUCGUGCUCCGUGGAUGGAAAAAGUGAUGGUGGAGAAGGCGCGGGCAUCCCCUCGGGUGCGAUGGCCGCGAGGAGGCGGCGGUGGUGGUGGUGGAGGUGGUGGUGGUGGUGGUGGUGGUGGCGGUGCUAGUCAGCACCAAAACAGACCCCAACAACUCAGGUUACCUAGGCCAUUCCUCAUGUAGUAAUUUAGGGAGUUA